ACAUGCAAGUCAAGGCGUUGAUACUGAUCUCUCUGGGAUUCUUGGCAGUGGUCCGGGCGGCGGAGGAGCAUCCGGCGACGGAAGUGAAGCGAUGCUCGGGAAAUAAACCCUUUCCGCUGGAGGUCCGUGUCCAUGGCUGCAAGACGCCGCCCUGCAAUAUUGUCAAGGGAUCGACGCAGAACUUUGAGAUUGAUUUCGCUGUGGACAAGUACAUAACCGAGAUGACGACUCUUGUGAAGGCCACCACUCUGGGUAUCAUUACGGUGCCCUAUGAGCUGCCAGCGGAUGUGGCUGCCGUGUGUCCGAAUCUUAUGUACGGCGCCUAUUGCCCGGUUUAUCCCACUGAAGAUGUGACCUACUUGUUCAGUUUUCCCAUCGGCGAGUAUCCGGAGAUUGGUGUAAAAAUUGAGAUCUAUCUGGUGGACCAGGACAAGGAAGUAGCCACUUGCUUUGUGUGCGACAUCAAGGUGGUCAAGGGGAAUGGCGGCAACACGGUCUAUCAGCUGGACUAUCUCAACCGAAAGUAGCCCUAAACUGGAGCGGAACUCAAUCGUUUCUUGGUCUAAAUUACUGUGAUAUACAAUUCGCUUCCUUCUUUUUUUUCAAAAACAAAAAAUCUUUCGCUGAGCCCACUCUCGGCUGCCUCAUGAAUAUUUAAUAAAAUUUUAAAAGCCUUAUCCCAACAACAUGUGUGGGGGAGGUUUUCCUAAAAGUGUA